AUGGAAACUAGAGUAAGGAGAGUUAAUUUUCCUAGUUUUGUUGAGGUACUGGUUACUGAUUGGAACUUAGCAGAUAAUUAUGAAUUCUCUGAUGGGGGUAGACUUUGGUUACUUUGGAAAAAGGCUCUAUCUUUCUCUGUUCUUAAGAUAAGUGAUCAGGCUAUUUCGAUUGUUGGUAAUGUGGCUGGUCAUAGAAUGGUUAUUACUGCUGUAUAUGGCAGUAACAACAGUCUGGUUAGGAGAGGUCUUUGGGCUCAUCUUAAGAGUUUGGAAUCUGUUGUUGGUUCCUCUUCUUGGGUGAUUGGGGGAGAUUUCAACAUCUUUGCAAAUGCACAUGAGAGUUCUGAUUUUGGUGAGUUGGGUACUUACACUAAUUCUGACAUGGAUGAUUUUAAGGAGUGUUUGGUGGACUUGGAGCUUCAAGAUCAUCCCUACAUUGGUCCUCUCUACACUUGGUCCAAUAAGCAAGAAAAUUCCUUCUUAGCUCGCAAGCUUGAUAGAAUUUUAAUAAAUUCUCAGUGGUUUUUUGAGUUUCCAGACUCUGUUGUGGAAUUUAAAGCCCAGGGUGUUUCUGAUCACUGCCCUGGUGUCAUUUGGACUCAGAAAGGGGCUCAGGUUCAUAAACCAAAGUCGUUCAAGUUCUUUAAUUGCUGGACUGCUAAUGAGAACUUCCUGAGGGUUGUUAAAGACUCUUGGCAAGAGGAUUGUGGGGGCAAUGCUAUGCAGCUGCUUUUUAACAAGUUGAGGAGGCUUAAGCCAGUUUUAAAGGAAUUGAACAGAAGCUAUUAUUCUGACAUUUAUGGCAGAGUUGCUGAAAAAAGGGCUGAGCUUGAAUCUAUUCAGCUUUUUAAUCUUGUCCAUGUGAAUCAAAGGAGGCUGGAGGAGGAGAGCAAACUUAGAGAUGAUCUUGUAGCUCUUGAGGAUGCUGAAUCUGAAUUUUAUAAACAAAGAGCCAAGGUUCACUGGCUACAAGAAGGUGAUAUGAACACUCGGUUUUUCCAUCAGAGAGUAGAAGUAAAUAAGAAGAGGAACACUAUUAAGAUUAUUAAAGAUGAUAGUGGGAUUUAUCAUGAAUCUUUUGAGAGUAUGGCAGUUGUUCUUGAGGAAUUUUUUAAGGAUCUUAUUGGAACUACUGACCCUAGUGUGCAUGGAUGUUCUGCUGAGUGGCUUAAAUCUGUCUUGACUUAUUCCCUUCCCCCUGGUGCUGCUGAUGGUCUUACUUCUAAGAUCACUAAUGCUGAGAUUAAAGAUGCAUUGUUUAGACAAGAAAACAAUAAAAGUCCGGGUCCUGAUGGUUACACCUCUUGGUUCUUCAAGGUUGCAUGGGACAUUUCAGCAUUUGUUAAGGGUAGAAACAUAGCUGAUAACACUUUGCUUGCCCAAGAAAUUGUAAAGGGUUACUCUAGGAAGAAUUUAUCUCCUAGAUGCACUAUUAAAGUUGACUUGCAUAAGGCUUUUGAUUCAAUUUGUUGGGAUUUCUUGAUGACUGUUUUGGAAGCUAUGGGUUUACCUGAGGGUGCAAAGGGGGUAAGGCAGGGGGAUCCUCUAUCCCCUUAUCUCUUUGUUAUCGUUAUAAAUGUUUUAUCUACCCUUCUGGAUGCUGCAGCAAAGAAUGGGGUGUUCAGAUUUCACCCUAAGUGCAAAAGAAUUCCCCUCACUCAUCUUUGUUUUGCUGAUGAUUUGUUAUUGUUUUGCCAUGGGUCUUUGGAUGCUAUAUUAGGAGUAGUUAGUACGCUUGAAAAGUUUUAUGAGAUCUCAGGUCUUAAGUUGAAUGCUUUAAAGUCUGAGUUGUUUGCUUGUGGAGUGGCUAGGGAUGAGCUUGAAGUGAUCCAGAGUGCUACUGGUCUCAAGUUAGGCCAGCUUCCUGUUAGAUACCUUGGGAUACCCUUGGUCACUCGAAAGCUCUCAAGUAAGGACUGUUCUGCCUUGCUUGUGAAAAUCAAAGGUAGAAUUGACAAUUGGUCUAGUAGGAAACUCAGCUUUGGUGGUAGAUUGCAGCUUGUGAAGUCUGUCAUUUUCAGUAUAUUUGGUUACUGGUGCAGGCAAGUCAUUCUGCCUAAAGGGGUUAUGAGGGAUAUUGAGAAAAUUUGCUUGAGGUUCUUUUGGAAGGGCAGUGAUACUUCAGCAAGAGGGGCUAGAGUCAGCUGGAAUCAGAUUUGCACCCUUAAAUCUGAGAGUGGUUUGGGCCUUAGGGAGCUGGCUGAUUGGAGCAAGGAGGUUGAUAGUAAAGCUCAAUUCAGUUGGACUCUCCGCAAGCUGAUCAAAAUGAGAGAGGAAGCUAGAAGACUUUUCUGUUCUAUGGCCAAUCUGUCACUGAUUAAGGGCAGUUGGAUUUGGGAAAAUAUUAGACAAAGGAGAGAAAAUGUUGAUUGGCAUCGGCUGAUCUGGUUCCCAGCUCAUGUCCCUAAAUUCUCUGUGGUUGCUUGGAUGGUGAUGCUGGAUAGACUGACAACAAAGGACAGACUUGGGCGUUUUGGUAUUGUGACUGACAAUCUAUGUGGUCUGUGUGGGGCUAGUCAGGAAACUCGUAACCAUCUGUUCCUGGAAUGCUCCUAUUCUUGUGAGGUUUGGCGCUCUAUUAUGAACUUUUGUGGUUUACAUUACCAACUGCCGAGUUGCUGGGAUGAUGCUAUACGCUGGAUGGUCCUGAACUUUAAAGGUAAAUCCCUCUUGAUUUAUAUUCUCAAGUUAGCUUGGACUAGUUUUGUCUACUUUAUCUGGGAGGAGCGAAAUCACAGAUGUUUUAGAGGAGUGACUCGCUCGACUGACUUAAUUGUAAAUAGAAUUAGUGAGACUGUUAGAAUCAAGCUUCAUAGAUGUCAUAUGAAUAGGUCUGAUGCUGUAAAUAGUUAG